UCUCGCUCUCCGGUAUUCUUCGCAGGAAGCGGGGACGGCGGGGGCGAUCUCCAUUUCCUCUCUGAGAGCAGGAGAAGCCCCUGCGAUCGAGAGAGGAAACGAGGGAGAUCGAGAGGAAUGCUUGAGGAGAUCUCAAUCGGAGCGAGGGAAAGGAAGGGAACGGCGGCGGAGGAAAGGGGCCACCUUCUGCCUCCUUCCUCUUCCUGGGUCGAUUCGUGAUCUUGGCAAAGAGAAAUAAAAGGGGCCUCCUUUUACUUCUGGAUUUCUAGGGUUUUGUUCGAUCUGGGGUCUGUUGUGUGGGGGGAUGGAUCCUGGUCUUCUGGAUGAUAUCAUAAGGCGGCUGCUGGAAGCGAGGGGGAUUCGGCCGGGGAAGCAGGUGCAGCUCUCGGAGGCGGAGAUCCGGCAGCUCUGCGUCGUGUCCAGGGACAUCUUCUUGCAGCAGCCCAAUCUUCUUGAGCUUGAGGCCCCCAUCAAGAUUUGCGGUGAUAUUCAUGGCCAGUAUUCUGAUCUCCUAAGGCUUUUUGAAUAUGGCGGAUUUCCACCUGAAGCCAACUACCUGUUCUUAGGGGAUUAUGUGGAUCGAGGAAAGCAAAGUCUUGAGACAAUAUGCCUCCUUUUGGCAUAUAAAAUUAAAUACCCUGAGAACUUUUUCCUCUUGAGGGGGAAUCAUGAAUGUGCGUCUAUAAACCGCAUAUAUGGGUUUUAUGAUGAAUGUAAGCGCAGAUUCAAUGUGAGGCUGUGGAAAGUCUUCACAGAUUGUUUUAACUGUCUGCCUGUCGCAGCUCUCAUUGAUGAAAAAAUUCUUUGUAUGCACGGGGGUCUUUCUCCAGACUUGACUAAUUUGGAUCAAAUAAGAAACCUGGCUCGCCCUACUGAUGUGCCGGACACUGGUUUGCUUUGUGAUCUUCUUUGGUCAGAUCCAAGUAAGGACAUUCAGGGGUGGGGUAUGAAUGACAGAGGGGUUUCAUACACAUUUGGCCCUGAUAAGGUGACUGAGUUCCUUCAAAAACAUGAUCUCGACCUCAUUUGUCGUGCUCAUCAGGUGGUGGAAGAUGGAUAUGAAUUCUUUGCUAACAGGCAACUUGUGACAAUAUUCUCGGCACCAAACUACUGUGGGGAAUUUGACAAUGCGGGUGCCAUGAUGAAUGUAGAUGAUACUCUGAUGUGUUCUUUCCAAAUAUUAAAGCCUGCGGAGAAGAAGACAAUGUUCAACUUUGGAAGCACAACUACAGCGAAAACUGGAACACCUCCACCUGGAGUCAAGGAAAAGCACCUGAUGCAGAUGAGGAUCUCUAAGCUCUGAUUAUCUGAAUUAUGACAAACGAGACACCAUUUCUUUCACAAUGGCCCUAUCAAGUACUGCUGAUAGAAUCUGAUCUGGCUAACGUUUACUGGUAGGAAAAGCACCUGAUGAGGAUCUCUAAGCUCUGAUUAUCUGAAUUGCAUGGGAAACUUGCCGAAGUAUCUACCGGCAAUCCGUUGCAGGUCCAUCAACUAUCUCUAUAGAACACUGGGUUAGUGGAUUCUGUUUGGUAUCUACUUAUAUAAGGUGGGAUCUAUCAAUAUACCGCAUAAUUUUUGCACUUGAAUGCAUAAUAAGGGACUUCUAGAACACCAACUAAUUAACUUGUGGGGGAUUUUUAUUUUCUUGUUGGGCUGUCCAAAAGAUGUGCCAACUUAUCGACAUCAAAUAAGAGGAUUUGCACCAUCCCUUGGAAGUGUUUUGGCAUCAUGUGUUUACCUUAUUUUAUCUGAAAGAUAUGGUGAUCUGCAUUAUCCUCAGGAAGGUCAGUUCCUUUUACCUAAGCUGGGAACCACUCAAAACCCAUAACUUUUUCCUCUCAAUGAUUGAAAUUUUAUAUGGCUAUUCAAUUAUGAUAAUUAGAUUUGAAAAUUUUCAUGUACAUGCCUAGAUAAUAGAUCAUUAAGCCUCA